CUCGACACAGAGGAGACUGUCCGGUUAACCCCAGCUGGAUCUGUCGACUUCAGCCCAGCGGUUUCGGAGUCGGGCCAGCUCGUCGCCGUAGCAUCCUAUGGGUCUCGGCCAUGGAAAGGUGAUUUCCACGCUCUCGAAACCGAGAUCACCAUCUUUAGUGUCUCAGAACCGGAAAACCGGACCAUCGUUGCCGGCAGCGGCGGAUGGCCGACUUUUUCCGGUGAAUCAACAAUUUUUUUCCACCGUAAGGCCGACGACGGCUGGUGGAGCGUCUACCGCAUCGAUCUACAGGAAAAUUUCGAAGAAAACAUAGCUCGUCGUAUUACCCCGCCUGGGCUGCACGCCUUCACGCCCGCUGCAUCGAACGAUGGGAAGUAUAUAGCGGUUGCCACGCGCAGGAAGGGGAUUAAAUUCCGCCACAUUGAGAUUUUCGAUCUAAAAUCAGAACGAUUCUAUCCGAUUACAGAGACAUUAAACCCUACUACCCAUCACUACAAUCCAUUUUUUUCACCGGACUCGAAUCAGCUCGGAUACCAUCGAUUCAGAGGAGAAUCGAAUGAAAAGAUACCGAAUCUCCUUCCCGUGGCUUCUCCAAUUCAAGGGCUCCAGCUUCUUCGGCUUCACGGCACAUUCCCAUCUUUUUCCCCUGCCGGCGAUCUACUCGCAAUGAACGGUGACUUCUUUGAAUCCCCUGGCCUGAUGGUACUCCGAUCGGACGGUUCGAAACGGUGGACUCUGCUUAAAUCGCCCACUGCGUUCUACACGGCAUGGAGCCCUGUUGAGAAGGGCGUUAUCUUCACCUCUAUCGGCCCGAUCUUUGAUUCCAGCAAGGCCACGGUCCAGAUUGCCCGGAUCUCAUUUAAUCCCGACGAUCUUGACGACAAAAAGGAUGAAAUCUAUGCCGAUGUGAAGAUCCUUACCCGCGGAG